AGGUGACCAUCCACAAAUGAAAAGAACACGCAGCGGUGAUUCAACAGAUACCAUUUGGGAGACUGCAGAAGGUGCAGCUGAAGAUGACCUGGAAGAGGAGACCAGAGGGACAAAAGAGGAGACAGUCUUCAGAAAGCUGGGGCUUCUGGUCGCAAAGAAGUGGGGUGCCAAAGGUAGUGAGAAGCGGCCCACCGUAACCCAAGAGGAACUACAGAAGCACUCCAGUGAAGAGGAUUUCUGGGUCAUGAUCAACGGCAUGGUCUUUGAUAUGGGACCAUUUCUUCGAGACGAGGCAAAACAUCCAGGAGGCAAGGCGAUCUUGAUGAGACAGCUGGAGCUGACAGGAUCCGAUGCCGGGGCUCGCUUCGUGCGUUGGCACAACGCAGCAGGGAAUGCCGUCCGCCGAGCGCCAGAGUACUUUGUGGGAGACUUGCUGGGCUGGACUCCACCGAAGAAAUGGAGGUUGUGCUGCUGUCGCAGAAGAUCGGUGCCAGAAGAGGUAUUGUGAAUUUCGGUUUCGUGCAGGAUGCAGUGGCAGCAUCAGAGGAAUCAGAGAAUUUUCCUUGAAGGAAUCAGCUACCAGAAAAAGAAUGAUGUUUUUGAAGAUGUGGG